AUGGGCCGCCGAGGGAGAAAAUUUCAGGCCAGCCAUGGCUAUGAUAGAAUUCAGACGCAUUUGUUGAACGGGGGAUUACUCAACGCCCUGGAGUCCCUUGCCGGCUACUACAAAUUUGAUGCUUGGAGGAAGAGACUUCGGCUGAAUACGUCUACAAGACUGUUCGAAACGACUGUUGUGGCUCAUAUUGUCCAUAAGAGCCGACCACGAUGUCUCAAGUGUCGCUACGGAGCCCAGGGUUUGGUGUUUCAACACAUUCGUCCGAGAUCGUCUCGGGCCAGCUUAUUCUCGGCCAUCUCAAAGCACCAGAAAGGGACCUCGUCCCACAAUCUCGCCCUGAGCCCGCCAAUCGCAACCGCACUCCCUCGAUCUCUUCUCUUCUUUACCCCAAAAUGUGGUCGAUCAACCGAUGAGCGAGCACGUUUGGCAUCUUUGUCAUCCAACUUGCGCAUCAUUGCCCCGAUACUUCGCCACGCCCCACUUCUCGCGUGCGACUCUGUCCCUGCUGCUCCCAGUGUGAAGCGGGAGGUUCGCUUAGUAUGGCAACUUGGAUUCGAUUCCCAUCGGCGUCAACUGGUGUUUUAG